CCGCGUAGAGACUAGAGAGGCUCAGUCAACCCGUUUUGGCUCGAUCGGGGCACCUCAACUACUAAACGGUCUUCGACAUCGAGCUGCUUCAUCCGCAGCUGCUCCGACGACAAUGGAGUUUCCGUGCAAGGACCGUCGCCUCUCUCUCUUGAUUCUCUCUGUGAUUGCUGUUUCUGCGGCCUCUUCUUCUGCGACAACCUUCUCUCCGAUCGACAACUACCUCAUAAACUGCGGCUCCUCCGUGGACGCCACCGUUGACAACCGCAGGUUCUCCGGCGACUCGGCUUCCCCCAACCCUCUCUUCUCGGCCCCGCACCGAGCGAUCUCGCUCUGUGAUCAGAAUCCGGCCCUUGGGACGCCUCAAAUCUACCACACCGCUAGGGUUUUCAGGAGACCCGCGAGGUAUGCGUUCGAAAUCCGAGAUAAGGGGACCCACAUGUUGCGCUUCCAUUUUCACCCGUUCAAUUCAUCGGGUUUGGAACUUGUUGAUGCUCAAUUUCAUGUUUUGGCUGAUGGGUAUGUGUUGCUGAACAACUUUGGGGGUGAAAAGAUUGUUAAACCUGUGAUUAAGGAGUAUCUAAUCUGGGUUGACGCUGAUAAGGUCGUGAUUACGUUCGUGCCAACGGAAAAGUCGAAGUUUGGGUUUGUUAAUGGGAUUGAAGUGAUUUCUGCCCCGAAAGAUUUGAUCUUGGAUACUGCGCAGUUCGUCGAUAAUGGGAAUGUUGUGAAUUUCGAUGGGCUUAAUCGUGAGGCACUUGAAGUUGUCUAUAGGAUCAGUGUCGGCGGCCCCAAAGUGACUCCCUUCAACGAUACUCUUUGGAGGACUUGGGUUCCUGAUGAAGGGUACCUGAAGUCUGAUUUUGGAUCGAAGAAGGUGCCUUUUAGUGGAAGAAUUCAGUACCGAGAUGGAGGUGCCAGCCGUGAAGUGGGUCCCGACAAUGUAUACAAUUCUGCCAGAGUGAUUAGCAGCACGAAUGCAUCAGUUCCAAAGGUUAAUAUGACUUGGGAAUUUCCAGUGAGUGAUGGUCAUAAGUACCUAGUCCGUUUGCACUUCUGCGACAUCGCCAGUAUCUCUAUCGGGUUGAUAUACUUCAAUGUUUAUGUCAACAGGUUCUUGGCAUAUAAGGAUUUCGAUCUCUCUAAUGCUGCCAAUUGGAUGUUGGCAUCUCCGUACUAUGCUGAUUUUGUGGUUCGAGGAGAUAGGUCAGGCAUCGUGAGUGUGAGCAUUGGACCGUCGAACUACAGUUACUCACACGCGAUUGAUGGUUUACUUAAUGGCGUGGAGAUCAUGAAGAUGAACAACUCGAUGGGCAGUCUUGACGGGCAGUGGUGCGCUGGGUUCUUGAUGAAGAGUUGGCCUAGAGAGACAAUUGGCCUUCUGGUUCCUUUCAUUGCGGCAAUUUGCAUAGUGCUGAGCAUUGCCCUUGUCCUACAUCGGAGGAUGGCAGGGUUUUGCCACUCCACAUCUUGGACGAAAUUGCCAACUGAUGUAUCUGAGAUUGACAGGACUCCGUGAAGUAUAUAGUUCUAGAGCCUUGUAGACAUGAGUCUGCUACUACUAUAGUGUAUCACUCAUGGAAAUAUAGUGGUAUAUAUGUUGCUUGUGCUGCUGUAUAUCAAUUGUAAUUUAUAUUGAGGUGUUCUUCCCUCCCCCCCCCCCCCCAAAAAAAAAAAAAGAGGAAAAAGAAGAAGCGAGUAGUUCUGAGGAACUCGUGUUCUGCUAUAAUGUGCAAGAUAUUUUCAUUUCAGUUGUAUCGUCUUGUAGCUUUGAUAUUGAAAGCAUUACUAUUUGAAAGAUUCCAUCUCUGAGA